GCUGUGGAAAAUUUACGAGACGACCCUGACGCGUUGCGUUGCGCUGCGACAAGACGAACGGACCGGCAAAAAAGCUCAUGCAAGCCAUAAACAUACCUAACCUAAUAUAUGGUCAUUUUAAUUAAUCCACCCCAACUCUAAACCAUACUUCAAACCUCCAAAUUGGAAUUGCAUUUGGUUCCAAAUAUUGUUCGGCGCGCGUUGCGGCCAACCUUCUUCAGCCUAUCCCUUGCAACUUUUUUUUUUUACCAUCAGCAUGAGAUGACAUAGAAGGAAUUGACUGCGUAAACUGCGAUACAUCAACCAUGGAGCCUAGAAGUACUCCCCAGGCCUUCCUCUCCUCCUACGCGCCGCGACUGCGCGUAUACAACAAUUCUCUCCUCACCCCCAUAAUUCAUUCCACCGCACCCACCGGUCCGGUAUCGCGAACAACGAAACGUGGCACUACAGUAAUCAAUUAUGCUGAAGACGGUUACGACUACGACGACGACGAUGAGGAGGAUUCUAGGCGGCGGCCUACGGGCUUGCGCAGUUUGAGGCGAGAAGACAGCGCAUCACGCAUAGACCCGAGCGACAAGUUUGGAAAAGAGACGAAUGCCCCCGUCGAGGUUCAGGGUAUCUGGAGGGAUUGGAUGCUGAAGACUAAGAAUCGAUCAGAUCUAAAUAACCAGGCCCAAGCCGCCAUGCCCGUUACUCUUAUUCCUAUCCGUAUCGACGUCGAUAUUCCUGCCUUCAUACCCUCCGCAGCCUACCCUCUACCUCGAGGCGUUCACCAGCCACCUCCUCAGAUGGACCCUGCAUUAUAUAGGACGGGCGACUUGACAGUUCCUUACAAACUAAGGGAUAUCUUCAUGUGGAAUUUGCACGAGACUCUGAUUACCACAGACCAGUUCGCGCUCAGCCUCGUUCAAGACCUGGAUCUUCCAAACCAAGGCGCUAUCGCAAGCGAGAUCAGCAAGCAGAUCAGGACUCAAUUAGAAGAGUAUGCUGGCGUUGCGCUCCACCCGCUCUUCCACUCGGAAGAUAAGGCGCCUACGAACAGCGCCGGGCUAGCUCCUCAGUCGAGUUUCCGCGAUACCCCAGCAACCCCGGCUACGCCUUUGCCAAAUUCGACGCGUGGUGCUGAAACUCCGUUCCGAGGUGGCCUCGACACGGGAUUUGAUACUCCAAAGGGUGCUCGCUCGCAGGUCCCCGAAAUAACGGCUAGUGCCACGCCGAUUCCCGCCGACUCGGAUGAGUUGAACCCCGACGACACUUACCGAUGUAUAGUCUCCCUCAACGUAAACCUUUCUUCGCAGCUCUACACAGACAAGUUCGAGUGGUCGUUGCUUCACCCUCCCGGCACAGCAGAAGCAUUUGCCAAAAUCACGUGUGCGGAUUUAGGUCUUGCUGGCGAAUGGGUUCCCGCUCUAACGCAUGCGAUUUACGAGGCGGUGUUACGUCUCAAGAAAGAAGCCUGCGAAGCUGGCGGUCUUGUGGCGGGAUGGGGCGGUGUGGGGACCGAGUUCCCUAAUGACGCUGCUCAUGGCGCGGAUGCUGGUUGGCGGUACGAUCCCGAGCAUCUCGCAGACGAGUGGGAGCCCAAGGUCGAAGUGUUAUCGAAGGAAGAGAUCGAGAAGCGAGAGGUUGACCGAGAGCGGCAGAUCCGACGUCUCCGCCGAGAAACUGCUAGAUUUAGCAGCAACGCUGGCAUGGUUGGUGGUGUACCAGGUCUAGGCUUCGAGGUUGAAGAGGAGAGGAUGGGCCGGGGAGAAAGAUCAAAGAAGAAGAGGAGAUUCCGUAGUCUGAGUCCUCUUGGGCGAUCUGGUACUCCGGGCGGUAGAAUUACACCAGAUGUCGGGUAUGGUGGAGGAGGGGGCGGGUCGCUUACCGAACAGGAAAGGCUUAAUUGGCGCUGUACUCACUGUCGGAUCUGGGGCACGAGUGUCUGGGCGGUGCGAGACGGACCUUGGGGUCCUAGGGUAAGUAACCUACCUAUAUAUGCCCAAUUCUUGACGUCGGGGGUGGAUAUAUUUACUAACGAUGGACCUAUCUAGUCCCUCUGCGCGAAUUGCGGUC